AUGGCUAAAAUCUACCGACCACUCGUAAGGGACGAAGUACGUUUCGUGAGGAUUCGUCCCGGUGCCUGGACUGAUCCUAUUCAAUACGAUCUGGUAUACUUACUGCUACCUACAGCCGAAUUCGGCCCAGUAGACGCAUGGUUUCCGGAGGUCUCAUCCUCUGUAGCACGUACAUUCCAGCAAUUAAACCCAAUUGAGCCACCGACUUAUCUCGAUGAAACUCCCAUGCAAAAGACUGUCAACCUCAUUGCUGGAUUGCGACAAUUGAGAGCUCUCCUUGGAGAUUCCUCUCAUGCACCCGAGAUAUUCGGUAACCCAAACAUCAUGUUCUGGAUAGACGCACUGUGUAUCGAUCAAGAGAACGUGGACGAGAAAUCGAUGCAGGCACCUCGCAUGGGAACGAUCUACGGAUCAGCAGUAACUGUUGUCGCCUGGUUAGGUGAAAAUGGAGCAGACGAUGGAAAGAUCCGAGAAAUCAUGGACCUAUUCGAUACCGUCCGUCCCAAGGAGCUUUUGAAUUUUUUCAAGCGUAUCGAUGCUAUAAUGGAGUCCUUGAGCAACGAACGACUUUCCGACAUCGAGCUCACUUUGGAAUGUCUUUCUCAUCAGCCAUGGUUCGAUAGAAUCUGGGUUGUGCAAGAGAUGUUAUAUAUGCCAGAAUACACCAGUUUUACUCCAGCGAACCUUGGGUUGCUACAAGCCCGUGGACCGUGUUGCGGCUACUGUGUCAUGACUUAA